GUUCCUUUUGUUUACCCUCAAUCAACUACGAUGUGCUAAUGGUAAAAAAGUGGCAUAACAACUGGCAAGGAAAAUUGAUCCUUUUCUGCUGACCUCUCCUCUUACUUCGCCUUCUACUGCGACCUUGGCGGGCACCGAUACCGCUUGUUACUGACGUUCCAUUGACCCGUUCUUGACGGCAAAUCGUCAUCAUCACCAUGGCGGACGAGGAUGAACUGUACUAUCUCCAGCCUGGCUUCGACCUCAACAGUUUGACGAUUCCCAAAAUACGGGCGAUCCUGGUCUCCCACAACGUGCCCUAUCCUGCCUCGGCAAAGAAAGGUCAACUGCUGGAGAUUCUGGAGCAAGAAGUCCUACCGAAUUCCAACAAAUUGCUGAAGGCGCAGGCGAGGGUUCGGCGCACAAGCAAAGGCAUAACCGAUGUUCCGAGCAGCCAGGAGGGCACCGUCGAUGGCGACGACGAAGAUGACAGACAAUUGAUGCCUCCUCCCCCGGCACCGAAAACGCCACGAAGCAGAAAGAGUAAAGCGGACUUGGCAGCCGCGGAUUCUGUGGCUGCUACGCCAUCGACAUCUUUGCGACCAAAAUCGACGAGCAGACGCAGGACGACUAGGACACCGAGAGCGUCGGAUACAGAGCCAGAGAUAGAGAGGUCUACUCGCAAGCCGCGAAAGAGUGUGCCAGCACAACCUGUCCUUGAACCCUCCGUCAAAAUCGAAGAGCCAGACCUUGGACUAAAGAGAGAAUCCCUUGAAUCUGGAGCAAGCCCAUUUUCCGACGAAAAUCCCUUUCAAUCGGGAUCCAGUCCACCUUCCGGGUCGAACCGCCGACAAUCCGCUUCGAGGUCGCGCAAAUCCCUGACCGCAACAAGCACAAAGAAAACUCCAGGCAGACGACGACAAACUACUUCGCCACCUGUCGACUCGGAAGUCUCUGGGCCAACUCGGUCCAAGUCUACCAGACUCAGCUCCGGCGAGAGAGAAGACAGCGUGCCGGUGACAGAAGAAUUCACCCCUGAUGCGGCUCGAGAACUUGCCGAGGCAGAGAGGAACGGCCAGGUCUUACCAGCCAGAACGUCGACGCUAGUAAGACGAAAGAAGAAACAACCCCCGAGUACCAUCGCGAAGACUGCGCCAUGGGCUGUCCUCACUACGGUGAUGGCGGCCCUAGGUGCAUGGUACCGACAAGAAAAGAUAAACGUCGGAUACUGUGGAGUGGGCGAGCCCAGUUGGUCUUUGGCGUCUAACCCGCAUAUUCCCUCUUGGGUCCACGAGUCGUUCCAGCCGGCAUGUGAGCCCUGUCCCCAGCAUGCGAUUUGCUACCCCAAUAUGCAAGUCCAAUGUGAAACGGACUUUGUGCUCAAACCUCAUCCAUUGAGCCUGAAUGGAAUUGUGCCGCUGCCUCCCACAUGUGAACCAGACAGUGAAAAGGAGAGAAGAAUCAAGGCCGUCGCCGACCGAGCAAUUGAAGAGCUUAGAGAGAGGCGAGCUGUAUACGAAUGCGGUGGUGAUCAUAUCACGAGUUCCAAAAAGUCAGCAGUUACCUCUUCGUCACCGAAGGCAAGCACUCAGCAGCCAGUGACGAAAACGAAACUCUCAAAGCUGGAAGUCGACGUGGAAGAAUUGAAGCAGACGGUUUCAAGCGCCAGGAGGAAAGGAUUGACUCCCGAUGAAUUUGAAGAUCUCUGGCGGGGCGCACUGGGCGACAUCAUGAACCGAGACGAGGUGACGGUGACAAGAGACGGUGUCUCUGUAUCUUCUUCCACCACAGAUCCGGCAAAAUACUCCUCUCCAGCUCCUCUCUCGCCAGACUCCCCCUGGCCUGCGCAGUCCGACGAUCCGUACUCCGAACGAUUACGCAGCAUCGAGUCCCUCUUGCAGUUUUGAUGAUGGUUGUGUCAGGUUUGCUUUAUGGCCGCCACAAAAUCAUUGCUUAUCGACAGGCCACGGCCCAGAUUCCGGGCCUUGUUGCCACCACCUUGGAUCGGUUGGCUACCCAGGCAGCACUCAAGGAGGAUGGAAGGGCCUCCGAGGCCUUUAUCAGCGUCAGUCAAUUGAGAGACGAUGUGCUGAGGAACGUGUUUAGUGCAUCCGAGCGCGAACGCGUCUGGCAGAAUGUUAGGAAGAUUGUCGAGGGGAAUGCAAACGUCAGAGCUGCCACCAGAGAGGGUGGCAAGACGGGUGAGUGGAGUCGUGUUUGGGAAUGGAUUGGGCCACUUGAUUUGGCUCCAGGCUUGGAGGGACGCAGAUCUGGUGGUGGGGGACUCUUGACUAAUGGAGGACUUGGAGGAGCCGAUGGCAGUGGCAGUACUAGUAGUGGACGUGGAGGAAGGGAUGCGGUCUCAGCCCUCGAGGAGGAUCGGGCGAGUUUGGCCGUCAGGAAAUGGGACGAGGGAAGGCCGAUUUACUGAGUGAGUUUGGUUUUGUUUCGAUUGUGUGGUUCAAGUUUUCGGUGUGGGAUGAGGUGUACGGUACUCUACAUCGGUCGAUUGGGGAUGUGAUGGAUGGGUUCCAGGGCCGCCUACGCCCAUGGGUGCUUUUGGUUUUCUUUUCUUUUUCUUUAUUUCUUCUUCUUUGCUUCUUUUUGGCCCGCUUCUCGUCUGUGAAGGACGGCGGCGAGGGAGUGGUUUGAAGGGGCAUAACUUUACACACUUUAAUUUCAGUAUUAUCUAUCACAAGGGCCGGUCUGUACAAUACAAUAUCUGGACGAUGAUUCUGUUUCUGCUGAGGAAACUUGAAAUACAUGAAUUCGACUUUUUCACCGGGUCCCCCUUCCAGCUCGAGUUGAGGUAGAAGUGCAGCAAUAAUAUUCCAAUAAAUAGAAGUCAAAGAAUAAAAAUGCUGGAUCACAGCCUGGCCGCUCGGUGCCUUCUUUGACACUCACUCCCCGAGUAGUACUUAGAUCGAAUGCAGUUACGCC